AUGGAAGAGGUGGAGAGGGAGGGCAAGGAAGACCUGAGCCGGCGGCACUGGCGGCUGGGGCUUCGAAACCCUCAAAUAAGUAUUCACCGAUUUGCUGCUCAGCUGGGCAGCAGCAACAAAGGCAGCAGCAAAGAAGACGAGCUGCUGCAGCAAAGCCUCACGAGGCUCAUGCUGCUGCCCCUCACCAGGCCCGAACUCAAGGAAACCCUUUUGCAUGCAAUCCGGAAGGUUAAGAGCAGACCCAGAGCUGUGGCGGCGUUGCUGCACCUGACGCUGGUGGAGGAAUUCCCAACCCUAGACAGAAUGAAAGCCUUUAACAUCCUUAAGAAGAACGGAUUUGACGCCAAUGAGGUGGCGCCUGCGUGCGAAGAGCUGCUGGUUUACCGGCAAGAGCUGCAGAAGCAGCUGGAGCGGCAGCAGCAAAAGGAGCUGCUGGCAACAGUGCAGCUGGGGUGGCAGCUGGGGCUGCUGCGGUACCCCGGGUUAGCAGCAGCAGCAAAUGUUUGCCUUUGCGAAACUAAAAUUAAAAAAGAAAAAGAAUUAAAAGCUGCGGAGGAAGAAGCAGCGCAGCCCAGCCUCGACCCCAAACACCCCGCAGACCAGCACCUCAAAACCAUCUUGCCCCAGGAAGCCACUCGAAUGAUGCUGCACUGCGGCAUCUUGGACAUGUCAGACUAUUUUUUCGAAAGUCCGUUUUCUGCUGCUGCU